CAAUACGUAAUGUGAACAAACAUUGCGUUGUGUAUAUUUAUAUUUUUAGUUUUGAUUUAUUAUUAGUUAAAGUUGUUUUCAAAAAAGUGUUUGGUUAUUGUCGGAUUUAAUUUCUAGUAUAAAUAUUAUGUUCUUUUGUCCCGGUUGUUUGUAUCAACAUGAAUUGUUGUAGAAAUGGAAUAUGAAAGCCCACAAACUAAAGUCGAUAUGGUGGCAAGUCUGCAAUCUCGCAAAGACUCACUAGAAGCAAAAAUCAAAGAGAAGAAUGAAGAGCUGAAGGCACUAUGUAUCCAGGAGGCAGAGCUGACAGGGGUACUUCCCCUGGAAACACCUCUAGAGGCUGGCGAGAGUCCUCCGGUGUUCCGACGACGUGUGGGAACCUCAUUUACCUAUCCUGAGAACCUAAUUAAUAAACUCAAGUCUAAAGAAGAGGAAUCUCUAGCUACAUUGGAGCUAGAGUAUAACAUUCAAACAGGAAUCGCAGAAGCAGCAAGAAGUUUGGCCAAUGAUGGGACAGUCAGCAAGGCAGCAAGACGCAAACAUAGAAUUGUGUAUCAACAGAGUCAAAGACGGUUAUUGGAACUUGAAUCCCAGCUAAGGCAGGCGUCCCGCUGCCCACUGAAGCAAAGAAAAAAGCCAAGGCCUCCUUUGGAGUCAGAUCAAGUAGAUGGAGGGGGAGGGGGAGGCCUUGUUGGUGACAAUGUUAACGGCGUCAGUCUGUCUCCAGUACAAGACAAGUUGUACCACCAGAACCAUCAGGUGGUGACUCAUGUGGGAUCAUCAAGAUACAACAGUGUGAGGGAGCCCACCUCAGGCAUGCCCUACCGCAACACACACAGACAAAUACAAUCAGAAGUUGCCUAUCAGCAAAGCUGGGGCUAUCAGCCAUCGUCUCAACCCAGAGAAUUUGAAAGAACUCAUAGAGUACCACACGAUCUUCAAGGUAAUAGAUACAAAGAGAACAACAAUUGGUACAACACAGCUCCUACCUCUCGUUACUUGGGAGUCGGUUCUAAACCUGAAGAUGAUGAGGAGAAGAAGUCUGUACGUUAUCGUGACAGAUUUGGAAGCCUGGAUCGGCGAAGGGGAAGUGGUGAAACAUUUGAGUCAGAGUUGCGACAGAGUGUUCUUCUGCCGAACCAGACCUAUCCUGAAACCAGCCACCAUUUGACUCAAGGUUCUCGCAAGACUAAAAAAAAGGAUUGGUUUGAGACAUCAUUGGAUACGUCUCAUCCUGUACAUUCUACACCUACGCCACCGCCACCUCCUCACACGCCUACACCUACUCCAACUCCUCCCAUCCCUCACUACCAUCCACCUCCCCACCCGCACCCUCAUACUCACACCCACACCCACACCCAAGCUCACUCACACACGUCCGGCAGUGAAGGAGACCCUGCUGAGCAGAUACACAUGCCAGUCUCCCAACAGCUGUCUUUUGACACGGUGGUGCCAUUUGAAUCGCCAAAGAACCAUACGGUGGUGCAAGCUGGAAUGUGGCAACCUUACAGAGAAGUGACUAAGCCCUUUGAGAUGGCUGACUUCUACAAGUAUAGCACAAAGUUUCGCAAGAAUGCCUCCAGCACUCCUCCGGUAUCACAACAGAAGGCUGUGUACCGUCCGUUGCAGCCCAUGACUUGUGAACCUCUUGCAGUUCAGGAGUCAGGGACUGAUAAGGUUGGAUGCAGGCCAGAUUCAGAUGAUCCAUACUCCCAUGAGAUGUUGUCUUGGUACCAAGACCAAACCACGCCCCAAGCUCGCUCUGCUACACUCGUUUAGACUAAGACACUCCCACAAAAUGAUCUCUCAACUUGUAAAACUAUAAUUGUUUUCAUGACAAAGCCCACUGGAACUAGCUUUAAUCAGACCCUCUAAGGGCCUUUUCUUUAGCGUAGGAUAUAAUUUUGUAAUUAACAGUAAAUUCAUUUAAGUAGUUAAGGUAAUUUUGAUUUAAGUUAUUAAGGAUUCUAUUAAAUGAUUGGCUACAUAAUAGUUUUUAUGAACGUGUUGUAUAUUAUUAGGUUACCAUAUUAUAGUUCUCAUAAUGUUCAAACCUCCAUAGUUAGAGUUUAUUGUGGAGCUUCUUUUAUUAGUUGCAGGAAGUUGUAAAACUCUUCUCAAUAUGUAAAGUAACAGCGGACUCAGUUACAUCAAUAUGUUAAGCUUCUUUCUGGUCAUCCUCUUCUGUUUAUAUUGACAGUUUUAUUUUACUGCCAUAGAGCGGACUAAUUACAAUUUUUUUUAAAUGAAAAUUAAGAAGAAGGCAUUAUUUAUUACGUUGGAAAUUUGACAGAAAAAAGCAUAGUAAAAUUAUAAUUCAACAAUAAUUUUGACAUUUAUAACCAUUUUGGAAUCCCAGCUCGAGCUUCAAAUUCCCUCGCUGACCGCCAUUUCUUUCUUGUUCGUCUCAGGCUUGUUGCUCAUGAGCACAAAUAGUUCUUGACCUUAUCCAAUUAACACUCUAUGGGUUUUCCCAUUUUUCUGAUAACUUUUCAUCCAUAAAUCUAAAAAAAUUGAAAUUCAUUCCUGAAAAUCCCACCACUUGUGGUGAGAGUGGAGUAAACAAUUCAUGUCUGUUUGCAAGCUUUUGUGUAUUUUAUUUUGUUGUCAUCAUCUGCUUUUUUUAACUUGUUUAUGAGAGAUGGAAACAUAAGAUGAAGAAGCAUAUGUGUUAUAGACACGAACAUCAAACAAUGCUUCCAUCUGAGUCUCCUAUACACCUCUGAAAGAUAAAUCAGCUUUAAGUGCAGGUUCACUUAGAUGACUCAUUCCUUCAGCUAUUAAGGCCUCAGGACUGAACACUAUUUCCCCUAGCUUGGUCCAUCAUAAAAAUUGUUUAUUGUGUCACCUAUUUUAUUUUUUUACUAUAAAACCCCCAUUGGAUGUGUGGGACACACAUAUAUUUACAUUGAUUCGUAUUGAAUUCAUGUUCACAUCCUUCAUAUUUUUAUGGGAGGUUUAUUGGUGUUUUCCCAUAGCGUAAAGCUAGGACAUCCCUAAAUUCCUGUGGGGACAUGUCCAGAUUAAGUUUUUUUCAGGCACACACAUUAUAGCCACCCAUGUUUUGUUUUUCUUUCUGCAUUGUGCUUUAAAAUUUUCUUCCGGCUUUGUUAGAAUGUUUCCAAGUGCUGUCUGGAUAAUUCUUUCAAGAUUUUUUUACUUCUUUACAGACUUUAAUGACGAAUUUAGGGCAUAUUUGUGUGAGUCAAAACACAAUUUUUGUCUUUUAAACAGGAUAUAAUAACUUUGCGUCCGUCUUCUUUAUCGUCAUUUUCAUAAUGUGUUUCAUUGCUUCUAAGCAAUUCAACAUAGCAGUCUUUUUUAUUUCCAUAUACCCUCUCUGAAUUAUGUUGACUGUCAACUUUAUCACUGUCAGAUUCAUUGGCCUUACAAAGUUACAGUUGCUGACAACAAUUGUGGACAAUGAUAAUUGUGACUACAUCGUGGACUCACUAUUCAUGUUAAUACAGUAUAUUUGUAGCCCAUAUUACUAGUUUCUUCUUCCUAACUCCUUUCAACAGUAUCAACCUAUCCAAGAGUUUUUCCUACCAGUUUGUUGUAUGUCAAAUGUUUGUCUACUUAAUUAUUGUAUUUUGAUAUGAAUGGUAUAUUAAUGCAAGGCUGUAUGAGAAUACCUCCACGCCUUAGCUCCAUUAUGUGCUUAUGUCUAUUUUUAUAAAUGAAUUGAUGAUCUGUCAGGUAAUCUUUCUAGCAGUCCUAGUUCAGUAACAUCUAUUAAGGUCGAUUCACACGUAUCAGUUACGGCACGUCACAGUUCAGAUAUAUCAGUAGCGUUACAGUCAACCAAAAUAUUCUUUAAUGGAUUUUCUAUUACGUUUUCUACACUCAUCCGGCGCAGGUCCGUCAGUCGCUCUGUCGGCGUCUGUCAGUCAAUUUCAGAUUUCUUUUCACCGAUAUUUUUGGAUUGUUCGGACGCCUGACGGACGUGUUUGAGGUUAAAAAAUAGUGUUAUUGUUAUUUAAAUGAUUGUGUUUAUAUUUUUAGUACUGUUUGUAACAAUAUAAAACAGAUGGACGAUGAAAAUUUGAUAGAAUAUAGGGGUUUAAUUUAAAAUUUUUUACUGUAACAUCACUGUAAAUUAGGGAUGGUCAAGUCUCGAAAUUUCGGGAAAUUUUCGGGAAAUUUUAAAUCUCGUUACACGAGACGAGAUUUCUUUUUGGCCGAGAUUUUUAUCGAGACGAGAAUUAAAAAAAAAAAAAAAAAAAAAAAAAAUUAAAAACGCCUGCAGAAAGUCAAUGCAAUACCCGCAAUACAGGAGCGUGUUGUAGUUGCGUUUCCUUUGCGAAGGCGUUCUUAUUUAAUUAAUUCUAUAAAUGUAAAUAUUACUUUAAUUAUUUUAAUAAUAUUACUUUAAUAACAUUUGAGAAGUUUUGUUAAGUGUAAGCAGUGUGAGGAAUGUUUUAUUACUAUAAAAAGUCAAAACAAGUAACUAUUUUAUAAAAAUUAAUAUUGCUUUUAUUUUAUGAUUUAUUUUAUUUUAGGAUAAGUUGAACUCUAUCCUAACUGAUAUCACUAUGUUUCCUUAUCGUAGGCAUUUUUAAUAAGUUAGGCGUGAUUAAUAAAAGAUUGUAAAUAUUCUUGCCUAUUAUCAUUAUUUUUGUAUUUAAACAGUCAUCUAACAAUGUUACAAAAUCAGGUAAAAAUUUUGAACGUGCAUUUCCCGUUGUGUAUGAGAAGGGAAAUCCCGUCUCGAUCUCGUCUCGAAAUUUUAUGAGAAAUAAAAAAUCUCGUCUCGUCUCGUCUCGAACUAAAAUUUCAAUCUCGUCUAUCCCUACUGUAAAUAUUAGAGACGGAAGACUGGCUGAAACCAACUGACGGAAAGUUGACUAAAGAAUUGCGGAUUCAACUGAUACUAAACUGUGACGGAACUGUAACUGGACUGUAACGGAACUGUGAGUGGACUGUAACGGAACUGUGACUGGACUGAUAUUUGUGAAUCAACCUUUAACCGUAGGAGACAGUAACAUUUAGGAAGAUUCCAUUAAAGCUUUUUUUAAUGAACCAUUUUACUUACUCUAUCACUAUGUAUUUAUUUAUUUUAUAGUCUAUGUUCCUUCACUCAAUUCUUCAAACAGAGAAAACUAUUUUUCUUUUAGGGAUAAAAUAGAAUUUGACCAAUUUGAUAGAUUCUAACGAUAUUGCACAAAUAAGAGAUUCUCAAUAAAGUGGUGCUUUUUGUAAAUUUCAGUGUCUUGUAGAUGGUGCCUUAUUGAUUGACAAUAAAGUUAUUAGAUACUGUAGGUAGUUUAAUAUUAUAUACAUAUUCAAAAUAUGUCAUUUAACUUUAAUAUUAUAUGUAUUCUAUAAUAGACUCCUCAUUGAUACAAGUAGGCCUACAUUGUGCAUAUUUUGUUGCAUUUACUGGAGCGUAUUGGAGAUGAGAUAACCUUUACAAUUCAACUUUUUUCUUUUAGCUGUGUUGUUUGGUUCUACAUACUUCAUUUUCUUAUUGCGACACCUUUUGGACACAUAUUUUUUUUAAUUGUGACAAUGUUAAGUUGGGUACAUCAUUAUAUGAGAUACUUCACAGCAUUUGUAAUGUUGUUUUAAGUUCAAGCAAAAACACACAUUGUAUGACAAUUUUUGUAUUUUCAUAUGUAAUAAAAG